UUACUCUAUCAUUUUAUGGGAUGUUAUGACAGGAUAAUAAAAAGGAAAACUAGAUGGUCAUCGUGAUUCAGUUGAAUCAGUCUGUUUCUCUCCUGAUGGUACUACAUUAGCGUCUGGUAGUUAUUAAGAAAUCAUUAUAUGGGAUUCUAAGAUACAAUAAUUAAAAGUCAAAUUAGAUGGUCAUACAAGCACUGUAUAAUCUGUCUGCUUCUCUCCUAAUGGUACUACAUUAGCAUCGGGUAGCUAUGAUAAAUCUAUCCGAUUGUGGAAUGUUAAGACAUAAUAUUAAAAGUUUGAAUUCAAUGGUCAUAGUGAUUAUGUUCAUUCUGUCUGUUUCUCUCCUGAAGGUAAUACAUUAGCAUCAGGUAGUGCAGAUAACUCUAUCCGUUUAUGGGAUGUUAAGAAAGGAUAUUAAAAAGCAAAAUUAGAUAAUCAUUCUAGUGCUGUAUGGUCAGUCUGUUUUUCUCCUGAUGGUACUACAUUAGCAUCUGGUAGUAACGAUAAGUCUAUCAAUUUAUGGGAUGUAAAGACAGGAUAAUUAAAAGCCAAAUUAUAUGGCCAUAGUGAUGAUGUUCGAUCAAGUUGUUUCUCUUUUGAUGGUUCUAAACUAGCAUCUGGUGGUGGAAAUUCAUUUGGUUUCCACGAUAACUCUAUUCGUAUAUGGGAUGUUAAGACAAGAUAAUGCGAAGCUAAAUUUGAUGGCCAUAAUGAACGAAUUAGGUCAGCAUGCUUCCCUUCUGAUGUUACUACAUUAGCAUAUUGUAGUAAUGAUUACGCUACCCAUUUAUCUAUUUUGAAACCAGUACAACAAAUCUUACCUUCAGAUAAUCAUCACACAAAAAUUCUAGAUAGUGGUAUUUAUUUUAUUCAAGUAAUUAGCUGCCUCUUAUAUUACUAUUCUUCUAAUAUCCCAAUAAUUAAUAUUUUAAUCUUAAGGGGCUUUAAUUUUUAAAGGGGAAUUUUUAAGUCAAAUAGGCAUAGACCUUUGGAUAUUAUUUAAACAAGAGGAAGUUUUAUUUUGGUAGAUUGCAAAGGAUUAUAAUAAAAAUGAUUAUCAUAAAAAAGCCAUAAAAAUGUUCAAUAUCGAUUAGGUUUUUCAAAUUUUUGUUUUUAUUACACAAAAUAUUUCAUCACUCACAAGAGUUUUGGGUUUCUAAAGGUUAUUUCCAAAAUUUUCUUAUUAUAUGUGA